UCGACUCGAGCGAGGCUACAUUAUGUUGUUUUCCUACGCGAUAAUUUCUCUCGCGAUCGGCGUUCUUGCCGCCUCGGCGUCCUACGUGAGCGACGGCGCCCUGAGCGUCAACGAGGAGAACAUCGGAUACAAACUGACGGCGCCCCGCUACUACGGCGUCGACAGGUACCUCGUCGUCUUCGACGAGCAUCACUCGCUCGUCAAUUCGAGCCUGAUGUACGCCGUCUGCGAUCGUUACGUCGAGCCGAAGACGAUCGAUAAAAAUGCCAGCAUCAAUGGUAAUCAAUCGUGCACGAUUCACUUCGAGGACCCGACGAUCGGCGAGAGAUCCUGCAGCUUUUACCUGCGCACCGUCACCAAUUCCACCGAGGUGAUUCGCGACGACCGAGUCAAGCUCCUACCGCUGCUGGACGGCAGAAAAGCUCUCGUCUUUUGGCAGGAGGCUGCCACGUGGAAGCUCGUUUACGUCGAUCUGGCAGGUGACGACGACAACGACGACUCGUGCUCGGUGAGAAAUUUCACGAUGACGAUGGAGCCGAGGGUCAAGUUCGCGGUGCACCACGAGAAUCACAGCGAUUUGAUCGUGCGCGAGGAAAAGUAUUGCCAGAAAUUUUACUGUCGAUUGAGGUUGAAAAAUAAUGACGAGGGCGAAAUUAAAUUGGAGCCGUGGCUGGAGGGUGUGAUCGAUCCAGCUGUCAGCGAGGUGAUCGAUCUCGUGCCGGUGAUUCCGGAUUCGUCCUACCUGAUGAUAGAGCAGCUUAAUGAUAACGGUGGAAAAAAUUUGAGAUUGAGUCUGUUGAAAGAUGGUGAUUCGAUCGUUACGCUCAAAAACUACAGCAACUUGGACGUCCGUAAAAAUACUUAUCAGCAAUUAGCCUCGUCCAUCUCUUACGAUACUCUGAGCGUAUGCGUCGUGACACAGAAAAGGAUCAUAAUCUGCGAUCGUUUUGACAUGACCGGCAAAUCUUUGUUAACGAAAGUAAUCGAGAUCGACUACGAACCUCGAGAAAUCGCCAUCUACAAUUUGCCGAGAGCCGCGGGUUUGAUUUUGACCAUUGCACAGUGCAAGAGCUCUCUCUGCGACGGUGACGCAAACGUUUAUCAAACGAUGCUGAUCAACGAGGACGCCGAGAUGAUCGCCGAGUCGAAAUUUCGCAAAUCCGCCUGCAGCAGAGCCAAGAAUGAUUAUGCUAAAACGAAAAUGUACGAGAACGAGCUCGGCCAGUAUUGCUUGUCGUCGGUUUGUUACAACGCCUCGCCGGACCGACGUUACCGCUAUCACGCCUGGGACUCGAAUGAACAGCGUACGAAAACGACGAGGGGCUUCAAAUUAGAUGUUACUUGCGUGGCUGAUCCAAGAUUUUGGUCUUGAGUUGUUUGUGAACUAAUUUUAGAACUUCUGGAUAAACCAUAAAAUAUUAUUAACUCGUUCUUAUAACUUCAAUUUACAAAAAUUCAAAUUUGUUGAAAAUAUUUAAAAUUGAUUGAUAAUUACAUGUGAUUUGCAGUUAUUGAAUGAAUGAAUGCGAACCAUAUAAAUCGAACAUAAUGAAUUUUAUCAUGUAUUUCAUUAUUCCAUUAAUAUCAAUAAUAAAAUUAGGUUAUCAUUUCGACAUGCCAGUGCUGAAAGAUGCCGUUUCACAGAACACAGCAGAAUUAUGCCAUUUUGCGCUUCGAGCUGAAAGAUACCUCUUUGGAGCUUGGUAUUUCUGCGUUUUAAGCUUCUUGACUUUAACUCUUAUCCUUAUUACAACGCUAUAUUCUGGAGGAUCAUCCAAUUUUACUUCUAAAACAUGAAACAUUAACAUGGUAUCACUUCAAACGCAGAAAAAACCAUCUUUCAGCUUGCACGCGAAAUGGCAUCACAGCAUUUUUCUGCUCUGUGAAGAGAAGCAUCAUCUUUCGGCACUGGCACGUUGAUUUAGUAUCAAUGACAGAGACACGCUUCUCAUAU